AGCCUGAUCAUCAUCAAUCAAAUCAAUAUCAACCUCUCAGAAAUAUAUUGUCUUCCGUUAUAUCGAUCUUCUGCUCAUUCAAAACUAGCUAGUUGCUCAGUUGCUCGAUCAGCUAAAACCACGUACUGCAAAUUACCAACUAAUGGCCAUUUUUUCAGCUCUUCUCAGUUGCUUCAUCCCUUCAUCAUCCUCACGGGUUUCCGAUGGUGCUGGAAAUGCUAGUAUUGCGAAAGCUGCUUCCUCAAAGGAUUCCAGAAAAAUUAAAUCUUUGAAAUCGUCCUCAUCGAGAGCUCCCAUAGUAGUUUCUCAUUUCCCCCAUAACUCAUGCAUCUCUCGCCUGUGAUUGAUGCUAUAGAAAGAACUGAAUAACUAAUGCCGUAGAGAUUACUGGAUCAAUUUACACCGGCAUUAUGUGUGAUAUGUGUCAUUUAAAGUAGAUUUGCAAGCUUCGGUAUGUGUCAGUAUAUAUGAACUUUUUUCAAUUA